AUGGACAAACCCACAAUCGAACACCUUUUCAAAAUCGUAUUUGACAUCAACAGAGAUCAAAAUCUUAUUUUCUGCCAUGCCUGUCAAAUAAGGUUCCCCAUCGUGGAACCAGAAGAAGCAACCCUCUACAUCCACCACUUCUCCAAAGAACAUGUUUAUAAUCUAACAACCAUAGCUACUAAAGAUAUAGUCAAGGCUAAUGAAUCUACAAAAAAAGAUACUCGAGUGCUAUAAGUGAUCCCCCUAUUCGAUUUACAAAAGGCACUCCACAUCCAAGAACAAAAACCCAAAAAUGUGCUCCAUCAGUACCUCAAAGAGUGCAUUACCAAAUUACCAACCAUCUACGAACAACUAGAACUCAAUAACUUGGAAGCUCACAUGAGUACUCUGAGGAGAUUUUAUCUACACCUCCUUAAUCACAACACAUCAAAAUUAACUCCAGAACUGUGCUUCUCCUUUGUUGAUAUCUACAAAACUGAAAAGGAUUUUCAAUUGAUAAGGAAAUUUGUCAAAGCAUUCAAUUUCCCCUUGACUCAUGAUUAGAUGCUCAUUCUAAAUCCCCACAAAUAGACCUAUCCAAAUUUGUCUCAAGAUUUGUAAGUAGAAUUUUAUUAAAUCUUCAUCAAUGACCUAAUAGACUUGGGAUUAUGUAAAGAGUCCUUGGUUUACCAUCUUGCCAAAAUAGGAACGCCAAUUAGUAAAAUCAUUGAUUUGAAACUCUACGAAAUUAAGAAUAAAUUUAAUGAACUCAUUAGCAGAGGCAUUAAUGAAGACUAAAACAUCUUCUUUCUAAGCAUCAUUGAAAAAUUGGAACGCUAUGAAAAUCUUAAUAAUCACUCUUAUGUUUUUACUAAGUGGAAUACUGAAUGCCAAAUGAGAAAAUGCGUCAGAUAGAUCAGAAAUAAGCUUAGAUAUCAAACAACCGAUGAGAGGUAUAAGGUGUUCUUAGCCACGGCUUCACUCUAGUAGAUACAGAAUUGGUAGAAGAUUCAGACUCAAAAUGAGAAAAAUAAUACAACUGAUAUGAUAUCUAUAUUAGAAACAAUCAAUGAAAAUAAAAAUUAGUCUAGAAAAAGUAAGAAAUUAUUUCUCUAAUAAUAUAUUUUACCUAAUAAAAGUCAAACCAAUUUGGACUAAUUUGAAAGAAAAGGAUAGGAAGAAACUGAAAAUAAUGAAAUCGAUAUCAGUAUAAAUGAUUCGAAUUCAGAAUGUGAUUUGGAGAAAGGCUUGUUUGUUAAAUACAGCAAUUAAAUGGCAGAUAUAAAUUCAACUAAAUAGAAUCAGAAUGAUACGAACAAUUCAUUGUCUUGUAUAGAAAUAUUUGAUAAUUAUAAGUCGAAAGCUUCACUUAAAAAGUCAUCCAAAAGGUGA